GAUCUCAUCAUCCGUCCGUCCAUCUUGUGUACAUCUAGACCCAUUGGUUCCCAUUCCCCCCUUACCAGGGCCUGAUCAAGCUGGUAUAGAGGGUUCGUUUAUGUGUGUGUGAGUUUACUAAAUCAAUACCAAAAGAACUGGAGAUUGAAACAAUACAACUGUUGUCCCAAAUUGACUGGAGCUGAUCUACUUGGGAGAACUUUCAGAUCACCGCAGAGAGUAACUAUGACUUUUGCACCCAUUUUACUUGUCGUUGGGUUGCUUCAACUGGCUAAGUUACAAGAUGCUGCUGACUCAGGAGCAGGUUGUAGAAAAUCACUACACUCUGCAAGAAUUGUUGGAGGCCAACCAGCCUCUGAGGGGUCAUGGCCCUGGCAAGCGGGCCUUUCAUUUUUCAACAUGACCUUUUGUGGAGGCACUCUUAUAGCCAAGCAGUGGGUACUGACAGCUGCUCAUUGUUUCAUCUGGAUCCCUGCAGAAAUUGAAGGAUUAACUGUGGAGCUAGGUGUCCAUCAACUCAUGAACCCUUCAAAUAACUCAGAAAAAAAUGGCAUCAAACAGAUUAUUGUUCAUCCUAACUACAAAGCAAAUGAUACCCAGAAUGACAUUGCUUUGGUGGAGCUGAGUGCCCCUGUGAAUUUCACUGACUACAUCUCCCCCAUGUGCCUCCCAAAGUCUUCUGUGCAGUUCGCUGACAAUGCCAGCUGCUGGGUCACUGGAUGGGGAAGGACAAAAAGCGACGUUGACCUGGAGCCUCCCCAAAACCUUCAAGAAGCAGAGGUGUCACUUAUCAACCAAGACUACUGCAACUUUCUCUACAAUGAGAUCAACAUUGAAGAGUUGCCCCAUUCCCCUGUCAGGCCUGGCAUGAUCUGUGCGGGUAACUUGGAAGAGGGCAAAGAUUCCUGUCAGGGUGAUUCUGGAGGGCCUUUGGUUUGCAAAUGUGAUGGAAGUGAAAACUGGCUCUUGGCUGGCAUCGUGAGCUGGGGGUUUGGCUGUGGCCUACCCAACAUCCCCGGUGUCUACACUUCAGUAUCACACUAUGCGGAUUGGAUCCAGCAGCAACUACCCAACAUAAUCUUUACAGAAUGCAAUAGUGGAGUGCACAAUACCCCUGUUGUCAUGCUUUUUCUGAUCUCUGUGACACUGGCCUUCUUCUGAGAUACCUAGACAUUCCUCCUUCAGCCCACCUGUGUCCCAGGUGAAAUCAUUUUACACAAAAUGCUGCUGGUGCAACUCUAUAUAGAAAUCUAUACAUUCUCCAAACUGGAGGCACAUCUGCAUUAAAGUUCUAAUUAGUUUUAAAUCAAUAUCAGAGUGAUGUAAGUCAUGUGGCUUAUCACAAGAAAUACUGGGAAUGAAGACAAUGCUGACCAUUCUUCAGACUUCGGCUGGGAAUCAUAAUAGGAAUUGCGUACUACCAGAUCCAGAGGUAGCUUGAGGCAAUCUAUCCAAAAGCUUCAAAGGCCUCCUGCCACUACUAAACUGUCUCUUCCCCUCCCCACUGUGAUUACUAUUACUACUACUUCUCUUCCUCCUCCUAAUACCAUAUUGUAUGUUGUUGCUCUUCCCUCCCACAAUAGCCUUUCCACUCUCCCCACCAAAAUGUAUCUCCUCACCACUUACCUGCCAACAGGGAGAACAAAAAUAAUGUGCCAGUCCUGCUUGAUUUAAGAAACACGGCCUGUUUUCCAAUCAUCAUUGAACUCACUAUGAAAAGACAUGUAUCUUUAAAACAGUGAAAACCAAUGCAGUUUCCAGCUAGCUGGUGCAGUGUCUACUCCAUUUUUGGUUUUCUUCAGGGCCCACCUAGGCACUGAGGUCCUGAUCUGGACCUUGUUCAGCCCCACUGACCUACAAUCAUCACUUUGAUAUAUUAGAGGAAGCAGUCUUCUCAAGAUCAAUUGCUAAGAGAAGAGGGUGUUCCCCUCUUCAUGUCCUGAUUCUGGACAUCACGUUAGCAUCUGAUUGGCUGUUAGAGAGAGAACCCUUGACCAGUUGGACCAUCCAGCCUGCUACUGACUGUCCUCAUUGGAGGAGGCUUUAUGAAGUCCCCAGAAGGGUGCUUCCCAGCUCCGCUGAAGAGACCAAAGCAUAGGAAAGUUCUACCCCUGAACUAAAACCAAAACUUCCAAGUGUUCUUACACUAAGUGAAGUCUCCAGGAAAGAGAUAACUAUGCUAGAGCUAUUGCUGUCAGAAGCCACUGGAUGUAACUGGAAUCUCCCCACUGUAAAAUUUAUAAUGUAUCAUUUUUUUUCAGUUAUUGUACUUAA